AUGCGGUCACUCGACCCUAUCUGUUGUACCAAAGAGGAAACGGAUGAUAUAACAAGCAUAACCUCUCUCUCAAAUUUUCCUAACUUGACUUCUCUUGGCCAACAUUACGCGCCUGUAAAUGAAGCCCUAACCUGGUUGGAAUCCGAGUCAGACUGUGAUAACUCGACUAAAGCGCAUUGCGAUGAGAUGACAUUUUAUAGAACAGACGACCAUCUACCCCGAAUUCGGAGUGAAUUCAGAUCGGACGUUUCUACAAACUCUUCUGAUAGGGUUGCAACAUCAUCGUUAGAUGAGUCCCAGAUUCCGAGAGAUCCUAGGAUCUUGAGAAGUGGCCCUGAUGAAAUUUCCCUUUGUUCUUCACUUGAUAUAACUCUCGAAAUGCAGGAUUCAGAUAUGUCUGAUGAUCCUAACUAUUACUCUCAAUAUGCGCAUAUUGAUGAGCCCCGGUAUCAUAGUAUUCGGCAACUUACCAAUGAAAUAGAUAGCCUGCGGGACAUAAUAGGCACAAAUGAAGGCCCUACCACUAAGGCGCGAAUGGCAGCCGAGGCUUUGAUAUCCCCGGAUUCUCUGCAUCUCUUGGGGAAAUUAUCGGAAUCAAAUGGGGAUGGAGUUGGAUCUAUACCUGCCGAAGCGAUUAAACAAGUUCUUAAUAACUUAAAUAUUCCCUCUGUUACAGUGAACUUUGAGGAAAACGAAAAGCUUUACGGGAGCCUUCUUAAUAUCUCUGUCAACAACUCUGAAAUAAUUUCCUCGCAACGCAAACGCUCUAGAGUCCAAAAGAAGAAGGGCAGUUUGUGUAAGCCAACGUCUUUCCUGCCAGAACCAGAUGCACUAGAAUUUUUCGAUCCGAACAAGCAUGUUUUCCAGUCGGCGAAUCUAGACUUUGUUCUCCAACCUACAACUGACGACGCAAUGCCUUGCACACAAAUAUGCCCACCAGAAAUGCUGUAUUUAUUUUAUGAUCGUUUUUUAAAUGGAAAUGAUACAUGA